GAGUGUGUGAGAGACUGUGCAGACGUUGGAUAAGUCACAUGAUGGUGGAGAUGCCGCUGCCGGGGUGGCAGCCCCCAGUCUAGCAACAUAGCCCAGGCACGAAAGAAAUUUUGCUGGGAAUAUGAAAAAGAAAAAAGACAUGAGCGAGUGAGUGAAGGAAGGGCUGGUGGGUGUGGUAGAUAGUCAAGUUGCGAGAGGGAUGCGGUCAUUGUGCAAGGGAGGGGGAUAUUUGGAGUAGCAAUCACUGGAUUAUUGGGAUGGCGAUUGGUGGAUAUGUGGAUACGAUAUUUACCGCGGGAGGGCAACGGUAGACGAGGGAGAAUAACAUGGUGGUCGGCGAUCCCCUCCUCUCCAGCGUCGUCGUCGGAGUCGUCACCUCCUGUCAGACCCUCUCCGAAAACGACGCCGGUCACAACGGCCGCACCGCUGCUCCUCCAGGCUCGCAUCUCCAAAAGGCACGAGCUUUUCACCUUUUUGGACUACAAAAUUUGAAGCCCCACAGCAGAGAAAUUUGUGUGCAAAAGGCAAGACACUCUGUCAUUGAUAGGUGGUGUCUGUGCUGUUUGUUUUUGAACACUUGCCACUGUUUUUCUUUUGAGCUUCAGUGCUCGUUUGUGCGGAGGUUCGAUCGGUCUUGGUAAUCAACGCAGCAGCAGGUGGUCAAGAUGAGAAUACUGUGUGGAGGGUGUGAUAAGAAUCCCGCCUCAGUAAUGUGCUGUGCGGAUGAGGUCGCACUGUGCACCGAGUGCGACGCAAGAGCCCAUGCUGCUAACAAGCAUGCCAACAAGCGCGCUCGCGUCGCCCUUCGUCCGGCGCCGGAGCCGACUAAGUGCGACAUUUGCCAGGAGAAGCAAGGAUUCUUUUUCUGUUUGGAAGACCGAGCUUUGCUUUGCCGCGACUGCGACGUCUCCAUCCACACGGCCAACACUCUCUCUGGCAACCACAAGCGCUUCUUGGUGCCCGGGACGAGGGUUGCCUUGGAGGAUCUCAAGGAUGAGCCCGUGGAGCCCAUCACUCCAGGGUUUUGCUCUUUGCUGGCGAGUCCUGCUGCUUCCUCGGUGUCGCAGUCUUCGCAUUGCAGUAGCGGCUCUUCUCUUCGGAGCCCCACGUCUACUCUUCAGGGACCCCGCAACCUCAGCAAGCAGUCAUCCAGUGUCAAACCCGCGGGGGGCGUAUACAGCGCGUCUCAGAUGCACACUUUCACUCUUGAAUUGGUUCCACCAGCCUACGCAGGAAACGGAAAGGCGCAAAUUGUAGAAGAUGUUUCAAGGCCCUCCCAGCAGUUUCGAUCACCAGCUGCGCCGCUGCUGGUCGCGCCCCUCUCUACGGGCGUUCCAAGCGCCGGAUGCAUGCGGAGGAGUAGCGUCUCCGAAUUCCUGACGGAUGCGGUGCCCGGAUGGCGCGUGGAUGAGCUUCUGAACCUUGCGGAUUGCUCCGAGCAGUUCAACACGACUGAUUUCUCUUCGUCGAAGGUCGAAGGUGUGACCGCCGUUGGUGGCAACUACGAUUGGACCGCGGAUUUGAGCUUGUUCGAGGAGCAGAUGUUCUCCAUGCACGAGGUGCCUGAGUUCCCACCUCCCCCACCGACGCUCGUUGCACCACCCAGGCUCAUCCGCGCUCCAAGGCAACUGGCCAGGAGUAGCCGAAGCAGGCAAGACGCAUAUCUCCAGGACGCUUUCGUCGUCCCCGACGUCGGGACUCCUUCAGCUCCUGCCUCCUCCGCAUCUUUGCCGAAGAGGUUUAAACGCGACCAUCAUCACAUGUCGAAUUGAUGGUGCUUGGAAGCUUUACAGGUCCAGGCAACGAGCAAGUGUGCUGAUAGUUCUUUCUCUAUUCAACAGCAUCUUUCGGUGCCUCUAAAGCAUAACGACAAGUGGAUGGGUUUUCCUUCGGAUUUCGAAUCCGAUUUCCCCUGCCCGCUCAGUGAUGUUCUUACAACAAUUUCCAUCUGGUCUGUGUCCUUUCUUCAGGGUUAUGUAGGAUUUUAGCAGUGGCCGAAGUGGGGGUUUGGCAAACAUUUGCUGGAGGAUGAAGCGCGUCGGCUUCACUUCAGCACGGGUGUUUCCAUUGGCUUCAAAAGGCAUUCCGCGCAGAGAUCGAUUAUCUCACGAAGACGAAGACCACGCUUACAACUGGGUUUUCUCUUUUCCCCGUGGACAUGCCGCUGCAUUACCUGUCUAUGGUACACCAUACAUCUUUUUUCAUAGCAUCCCUUUUUUCUUUUCUUUUUUCGUGAUCAACACCCCCAAUGUGGUUUUCUGUGCUGUUCUCCCACCCCCGUGGGCAUGACACCGAUGCGUUUCGCAACGCGUUUGAUCUGUGAGGCGGUUUUUUUGACUUGGAAGAAGGCUUUCGUGCACCUGUGCACGGGUUUUUUGCUGGUUCGUUCCUGCGGCGACGGUCGACUUCAAGUUUUCCCCCACUUCUCUCACCGGUUUUUUUCGCGAGGCAAGGCGCAUGGGCAUGUUACCAGAUGUUAUAUCCCUGCACAAGAUUGUUCAGUUGGACGCCUAGCGAGUUUUGCAGCUUAGGUAGCGUCCUGCUUUUUGCAAUCUUUUUAGGACCCCUUAUGUUGUUGUGACAACACGGUUCGGUGUGUGCAGCGAUGUUUUGCGUCUGUAUUUCUCCCACUUACUCAUGUACAGUCGUAGGCGGUGGCGCAAACUUGGCGUCAUCGCCCUCACAAAGAACUGCAAGUUUUUUUUGUUUCUGGAAUUCUUUUACCUUUUAUACAAUUAGUGCACGCAGUGUCUUUGUCUUCAA